AAUCCUUCAGUUUAUACAUUUACAAUUUCGCGGAUGGGUGUGUUAAAUUGUGUAUUUUUAUGGACGAAAUAAAUGUUUGAAAACGAAACUGCAGUGAUUCUUAGUGAGGCAAUAAAGAUGUGGUCUACAUAAUACGUGCAUUUUCUUAUUAGUUAAUCGAAUAAUGAAGUGUGAUACGUAACUAAAUCGGUGUUCUUCGUAUAGUGAUUGUUCCUUUGAUCACCGCUACCAUGCCGGGUCUUAUUGGCAUUGGCGAAUUUAUCGAGGAAACGCGAGAGGAUUACAAUUCCCCAACUACCUCUACGUUUGUUUCACGAAUACCACAAUGCCGACAAACCAUCACUGCAUUGGAAGAGACGCUAGAUUUCGACCGAGAUGGCCUAACAAAACUCAAGAAAGCAAUAAAAGCUAUACACAAUUCUGGAAAUGCGCACGUGGACAAUGAAAUGUACCUCUCUCGGGCGCUGGAGAGGCUCGGAGGGAAUGCCCUCAGUAAGGACUCGGAGCCAGACAUUGGGGCCGCCUUCUUCAAAUUUGCUGUCGUCACCAAAGAAUUGUCUGCACUUAUGAAAACUUUGAUGCAGAAUAUAAACAACAUAGUCAUGUUUCCCAUAGACAGCCUUUUGAAGGGAGACCUACGAGGUGUGAAGGGUGACCUCAAAAGGCCGUUCGACAAAGCAUCCAAAGACUAUGAGUCGAAGUACCUGAAAAUUGAAAAGGAGAAAAAGUCACAAGCGAAGGAAGCCGGCCUUAUUCGUAGUGAGGUGACGCCGGCCGAAAUUGCUGAUGAGAUGGAAAAGGAGAGGAGAUUAUUUCAACUGCAAAUGUGCGAGUAUCUGAUAAAAUUCAACGAGAUUAAAACGAAAAAAGGGAUAGAGUUGUUACAACACCUCGUAGAAUAUUACCACGCCCAGACGAACUAUUUUCAAGAUGGACUGAAAACUAUUGAGCAUUUUGGAGUGUACGUUGCCGACCUAAGCGUACAACUGCAGAAGAUAAGACAGCAACAAGACGACGAGAGGAGGAGGCUUCUUGAAUUACGGAAUAUGUUGAGGGCGGCCGCUCCACAGGAUAGAGAGGCCGCUGCAACGGUCGGGGGCUAUUCUCUUCACCAACUCCAAGGUGACAAGCAGCAUGGUGUCACCCGUAGCGGGUACCUUCUAAAAAAAUCAGAAGGCAAAGUGAGACGGGUUUGGCAGAAGAGACGAUGCCGAGUCACAGCUGAAGGAUACUUGGAUAUUUUUCACGCGGACGAGAACAAGACCCCGGCGAGAGUGAACCUAUUAUUGUGUCAGAUUAAAGUAGCAGCGGAGGACAAGAGGGCAUUCGAUCUAGUCUCAUGUAGCCGUACCUAUCAUUUCCAAGCGGAUGAUGAGAACGAACAGCACGCUUGGACUUCAGUACUUGUGAAUUGCAAAGAAGGAGCCCUGAUGAGGGCAUUCCAUCAACAAGGGGGUGAGAGUAACGACACGGGUCAUUCGUUCCUGGAUCUGCAGAGGUCUAUCAUCAGGGCUGUAAGGUCCAUGCCAGGGAACCAGGUCUGCUGUGACUGUGGAUCUGUUAAUGAUCCGACUUGGCUGUCAACAAACUUCGGUAUAAUAGUGUGUAUAGAAUGUUCUGGAAGCCACAGGGAACUCGGUGUACACAUCUCACGGAUACAAUCUUUGACUUUGGACCGGCUUAGCACGUCACAGUUACUCCUCGCACGGCACAUGGGCAAUCAGACAUUCAAUGACGUCAUGGAGAACACGCUGGACGAGAGAUUGAAGUUAAAACCUGGUAGUACAAUGGAUGAAAGGUUAAGGUUCAUUCGGGAGAAAUAUGUGUAUCGUGCGUGGGCGGCGCGUACGUGUAGGGAUGAAGCUGAGAGGUUGUCGGAGGUUGAACACGCGGUUAACAAUGGACAUCUGCAGAAUCUAUUGCAGGCGUAUGCGGAAGGCGCUGAUUUGGCUGCCACAUUGCCAAGUUCGGACUGCGGUGAAACAGCCCUACACCUAGCGAUAUCUCGCGAACUGGGUGACGGGUCCUGCUUACAUAUAGUAGAUUUUCUAGUCCAAAACGGUGGCUCCCAGCUCUUGGAUAAGGCCACGGCCUCUGGUAUGACGGCUUUGCACCUGUGCGCGGCGAUAGAUAGGACAGAGCCGAUGAAACUCCUGCUAAAAGCUGGAGCUGAUAUUUCAGUGAGGGAUGGAAAUGGACGGACGCCAUUGCAGGUCGCGAGACAGUUGGGACAUAUUGCUUGCCAGGAAUUGUUGGAGGGUGUUGAUAAAAGAGAAAAGAGUAUAUUUGAAAAUAUCAAUAUUGAUUGGAACUUAUCACAUGAUGAAGGAUCAACAGACUUCUCAGAUGAUGAUACAGUAAUUGACGAACGACAAAACGGCAGCGUGACUCCAGAAAAGAAAUGUCCGCGUUCUCGUCCGCCUUCGUACGCGGGUGGCGGAGGGGGAGGGGAGUCCCCCGUACUCCGAUCGCGAUCGUCGACGUGCGACUCGCUUCAGCAUCCCCCUACACCUACCACGUUACCACGGAAACCAAAUGUUUAUAACCUAAACAGCUUAAAGAAGCGUGUGGCUCCCCUACCACCAGCCGUAUCGCUACCUCACCCCCACCCCCACCAUCGCUCUACACCCUCCCCCUCGCCUUCCGACUCUAGAUCUAUACAUAGUGGAACAGUGAAAUAUCGACCUCAACAGCCGCCUCCUACACCGCCACCAACACAUUCCAUGCAUAACGGGGCACAUACAGACGAACCGACGCCGCCGCCUAGAAAGAAGAAAAAUAGAUUGCAACCGGAAAAGGCUGACAAAACGAAACUGAGAAGGGAAUGUUCUAGUCAAGAUUCAUCGCUGGAGCUAUGCGAUAUAUCGGACGGGUUAGACGAUAGUCGUCUUCAGUCAGCGUUGUCGUGUGACAGUUCGCGUUCGAGGGAGAGAUCGCGGCGGAGUGACAGUCGCUCACUUGAUAUUUCUGACACCUCUAGUGUUCAUUCAAGGUCACCAUCGGCUUCUAUAACUAUGAUGGGCGGUACGAGACGAUGUAGGGCCCUAUAUGACUGUUCCGCUGACAACGAGGACGAGUUAUCCUUCCGCGAAGGCGAAGUAAUUGUGGUUAUCAACGAGAGAACUGAAGACGACAACUGGAUGGAAGGCCAGGUAGAAGGAACGAAUCGUAGGGGAAUGUUCCCCGUCUCUUUCGUACACAUGCUACCAGAUUAGAGAGACGGAGACGGAUAUAGUUGCAACAGUUCAGCUUAAAAUGUUACUGUAACGUUUCGUUAUCGGAGUUGCAGUAUACAACAUUGUAUCAUUUUAUUUAUUUUCAAACAGACGCGAGUGAAGUCCGGAGUAGAAACAAUUUGUCUCUUCUAGAUUAGGCUAUUCAUAAUUUGUAAUUAUACUGUUUGUCUCAUUCUUUCAAAUGCAUAAACUUGCUUGUUUGAUAGAGACAAAGCAGUACGUUUAUACGAUUAUGAAGGUGGUAGAUAUUAGCGAUCUUCGAAACGCCAAGUAUGAGAUUUCGUGAUACUUUAGCUCAAGCUAUCUAUUGAGACUUUCCAUAUAUACUGAACUUGAUAUGGGCCUAAGCUUUCGGCGUUUAUUUGACGGCUAUGAGCUUAUUUACAUAUAGUAUUUUGUAUUCAAUACAUUAUGUACUUUGGAAAUUAACAUUCAUGUAUGGGUAUUUUAUUACAAUUGAUGCAACACAUUUUAAAGAAUUUAAAACUUUCACAAGAGCUUAAAGCAUUUGAAACGAGCUGAAUUCAAAGAAUAUUAUGUUUGAAAAGGUAAUAUGCCUUAACUCAACAAAGUCUUCA